AAGAGAGACUGAGAGCGAGAGACGGAGGAGAGGGAGUGUGUGUGUCUAUGCAAAGAAGAUGGAGACACUGCGCACACUGCCCCUCGGGGAUGGGGGCUCAGGCGACCUGACUUUCCUCACAGGUGGUCUUUGAGUCUACAACAUCUGCCAGCGGAUGGUUGGCUUUAUUCCAUUGUCCGUGACCGGAGAGGGCGCGGCCCCUCUGUACCGGGCUCGAGGCGGGAGGUGCAGGCCGCGCUCAGUCCAAAGCAGGGCAUGCCGGGAGUUGUAGUCCGGGCGCUCUGAGGCUGUGGGACGUGUCGCGGCGCCGCGCCGGCUCCUCCUUCCCCGCCCUUCUCAGGGGUCCCCCGCCUCCUCCCUCCGCCUCCUCCUCCCUCGCCCGCAGCCGAGCGUCCCCUCCCCCCAACCCGUCGGGCUCCUCGGCGGCUACUGCAGAGGAUUCAGAGCCGAGUCACUGAGGAGGAGGAGGCUCCGGUCCCCGCGCGCCAUCCUCCACCCUACUGGACACGGGCGAGGGAGCGAGAGCGUCGCCGCCGCAGCCUUCGGAGAAGACAAGGGCAUCGCCGCCUCAGCCGCCACCGCCGCUGUUUUCGCCUGCAGCUGCUAGCCGAUACCCUGGUGAGAAGAGAGCAGAUGGAGGUAUUGGUAGACAGAAGCCUUGGUGGAAUGAAUAGCCCAUGAGUUUAGGAGUCAAGAGUCCCGGAUUCAAAUCUCAGUUCUACUACUUGAAAGCUGAGUGAUUACAGAUCCUCAGUCUUCCACAAUGAACCCUGUUUACAGCCCCGUGCAGCCUGGGGCUCCUUAUGGCAACCCUAAGAACAUGGCCUACACGGGUUACCCCACAGCCUAUCCAGCAGCGGCCCCUGCCUACAAUCCCAGCCUCUACCCCACCAAUAGUCCCAGUUAUGCUCCAGAGUUUCAGUUCCUGCAUUCAGCUUAUGCAACUCUGCUGAUGAAACAGGCCUGGCCACAGAACUCGUCUUCCUGUGGCACUGAAGGCACCUUCCACCUCCCAGUGGACACCGGGACCGAGAACCGAACUUACCAAGCAUCCUCUGCGGCUUUCAGAUAUACUGCGGGGACACCAUACAAGGUCCCACCAACCCAGAGUAAUACUGCUCCACCCCCCUACUCCCCAUCACCCAACCCCUAUCAGACGGCCAUGUAUCCAAUCAGAAGUGCCUACCCCCAGCAGAAUCUGUAUGCCCAGGGAGCCUACUACACACAGCCGGUGUACGCUGCCCAGCCUCAUGUCAUCCACCACACCACGGUCGUCCAGCCCAACAGCAUUCCCUCUGCUAUCUACCCAGCUCCUGUUGCCGCCCCCAGGACCAACGGCGUGGCCAUGGGCAUGGUGGCAGGCACCACCAUGGCAAUGUCAGCAGGUACCCUGCUGACUACACCCCAGCACACAGCGAUUGGGGCACACCCUGUCUCCAUGCCAACAUACAGGGCCCAAGGAACCCCUGCGUACAGCUACGUGCCCCCACACUGGUAAAGCCUGCAGCCCAUCCAAAUCUGGAGUCACACAUUGUAUGCAACUACUCAAGUCUUACACAGGUGCUGGAGCAGUUCCCUAGCAGCACCACCUCUAUUUGCAAGAGACAACGGAAGUGCAAGGGUCACUUUAUGCAUCUUUAAUGGUUUUGAUUUUGAUUUUUGGUUUCUGUAAAAGCUGCUUUUUCUAAUCUCCUGCCUCUCUGCCCCUGUCCCCCUCUUAGCCGCUGCCCUUCCAGCUCUACCCCCUUCCUCUUACCUGACCAGGUCAUGUCCUCUACGCUCUUCCCUGAGUGUCCUGUCCCUGGGGAUCCCGGUCUAGAGGCAAGCAGAGUAGGGUUUAUUGCAAUGGUUCAUCUGAAGGCUUGAUUCCAUUUGAAGAGCAUAAACAGAUGUGGUCUGGGGUAGGAAUUCAGAGCUGUUGAGGAGGCUACAUCUCUGAGGGAGUGUUCUUGUUUUUUCUUAAGAUUAGUUCAGGACAUUCCCAUGUCCUGAACACAAAUGAAAUGUCUCCUGAGAACCAUUGCAACAGACCGAGAACAAAACCGCCUGAGUACGUAGGAGUGUUAUUAGCAGCUUAAUAGCCCAGGCUGAGAAUCUGGGGAAAAAGUCUUUAGAAUUUGGGGGAGGGUGGGGGGAGGGAGGGCACUGUGGGGAAGGAGAGGGAAGGGAGGAGCGGUGCUUGCCUCAUGGCUUUGGUUUGAAAGGUCUCUAGCCAAAGCAUCUGGCCCUGGACCUUCUGAUUUGCACAGUGAUGUUCACUGACCUGGCACUUCCUCAAAAGGUGACUUUGACCUUAGACCUGCCAAGCAGCAGCAGGGUGGUGGGAUCCCAGCAUCCCGGGGCCUUGGAAGGCCAGAUGCCCUGUGUAAUCCAGACUUCGGCCUCUGAGCUGUCAUGGACCCACUCUGAUGAGGAGCUUCCUCCUGAUCGGAGUGAGAACCUAGGGCAUUUCUCUCCCUUUCCUUUUGCCCUUCCCAGUGCCAGGACUCACCUGUCUGUCUGUAGAGCUUGCAGGCAGGCCAAGCUCUUGGUUACCUGUGCCAUUCAUGGCCCAAGUGAAGGAACCACAUUCCAGGUGGGUGCUGGCAGCUCUGAAGGUCAGGAUAGUGAAGGAAAAGCAAUAGCAAUAAACAUUUCAUAGACUCAUGGAACUGAAGGGACCUUAGCAAUCAUCUCAUCCAUUCCCCUAUUUGGCAGAUGAGGAAACUGAGGCCCAGAGAAGAAGAAAGAACUUCCCUAGACCUCACAGUAAAUUAGCAUUAAAUGCAGCCUUCCUACCUAAUGGCAUUGCCUACAAAAAUUUACCUAGGGAUGGAUUGGCUUGGUUUUGUAAAAAUUAAGUCAGCAGCGCCCAUACCUGGUAAGCUCUGGAAUGGUCUCUAGGCUCCUAUUUCUGCUCUUUUCCUCCAUGGACUCCAAAGGCAGGGGUUAAAGACUGGGCAGAGGCCACAUGGGGACAGACGGCAGGAACAGAAAUUGCAAAUGAAGAAACAGCACUUGGAAAUUCUGUGAAGACAUCUGGAACAUUCAUCUUGUACCUGACUCUACCUGCAGGAGAAGGAGCAGGUAGGAUGGCUGAAAAGGAGAGGCUCUGCUUUUAGGACAGUAGCUCCUCAUCCCGAGAGGAGAGGGAAAGGAAGAGGAAGAAGAGAAUGGGAGUCAUCAGGAGAGGAGGACAAGAAUGAGGCCCAGGAGACAGGCUCAUCUGGGAGAAGAGGGAUCUCUGGGACAAGGAGGUCCCUGCUAGUCUCAGCCAGGAGCCUGGAUUGCUCAGCAGCAGCCUCUGGCACCCAGCACUUGGCUGGGCCAGCAGUCCCUCUGGGGGUGGGGCAUGAAUAUUUUACUGUAUAAAAUGGGAUCACUGACAACAUUUGGGACUUUAAAAAACCGUUUUCAUUUUAAAUUCAUGCAAAAGUUGGACAUACCCUUACCCCUACUUCCCAUGUCUCCCUAAUGGAGGGAAAAAUCAGGAAACCCUUGGGUUGGAAGCUUAGAAGCUGUCUAGCCAUUCCCAGAAGGGCAAAGCCCAUCAGCAUCCUUGGCCUAGAGCCAGGAGUUUGGGGGCCUACCUUCCUGGGCUUCCAAGGAACUUUAGGACCAGUAAGAAAAAAAUCCAGCUGUUCUGAAUUAUCUGUUCUGGGGUGCUGAUGAGGUUUCACUUUAAAAUAACAAAGUUUUCCAGUGUUAAUUCACUUUUUGCAGAUACUCCUCCUACCCGCUUUGGUUUUGUAAAGGUGGGAGAAGGUUGUUCUAGAUUAUGUCAUGUGUUUGAAAAAUGCCAAAAUAAUAAUGAUAAUGAUGAUAAUA